UACAGGUUGUGCCCUGCUGCUCCUCAGAAAGUCUCUUUUUUUUUAAAAAAAAAUUCAAUUUUCAAUUUGAGAUAGAGAUGGGUGCUUCUGUUUCGGUUCCCGAGAGAUCCGUCCAUCAAUUCACCGUAAAGGAUAGCUCCGGCAAGGAGUUGAAUUUGAGCAUUUACCAAGGGAAAGUCCUCCUCGUCGUCAAUGUCGCUUCCAAAUGCGGUUUCACCGAAUCCAAUUAUACCCAGCUCACCGAACUUUACCGGAUAUACAAGGACCACGGGUUUGAGAUCUUGGCAUUCCCUUGCAACCAGUUUCUUAACCAGGAGCCCGGCACAAGUCAAGAGGCUCAUGAGUUUGCUUGUACACGGUUUCAGGCCGAAUACCCUGUUUUCCAAAAGGUACGCGUAAACGGUCAAAAUGCAGCACCACUCUACAAGUUCCUCAAGGCAAGUAAACCCUCUUUUCUGGGUUCCAGAAUUAAGUGGAACUUCACCAAGUUCUUGGUCGGCAAAGAUGGCCUAGUGAUUGAUCGUUACGGCCCCAUGGUUACACCGCUAUCAAUCGAGAAAGACAUCAAGAAAGCUCUUGAAGAGGCUUGAAACAGCGCACGGGAUCGCCUUUUAUCUCAAGGCACCAUCCCGGUUAAUCAUGUAACUAAUUGAAUGUAAAAUUUAUUUAAAUCCAAAAAACUGUUUUACAUGUUUGAGUUAUUUGACCUGUACAAAGGAGAUUUUCAAUAGGAAAGUCUAGUUUCUGUCUUACCGUGUAGUUAUUACGAUGGUCGAGACUAGACCCUUCUCUAGUCGUAUAUGUUGUAAUUCAUAUUAUAUUUAUUUUUGUUACUAUAAUAUGGACAAGUUU